AGCCUGCCGCGGGUGUUUUUUGUAUCGUUGUUAUCGAUAGGCGCGUGCGGAAGAAAAUAAAAAGAUUUUAGCUGGCGAUUCGAGUCGAAAAUAAUUGAAAAAUGCAGAUGCAAACGUACAAGCUGGUCGUCGUCGGUGGCGGCGGCGUUGGAAAGUCAGCCAUAACGAUACAAUUCAUACAGAGCUACUUUGUCACAGACUACGAUCCUACAAUCGAGGACUCCUACACGAAACAAUGUGUCAUCGACGAUGUGCCAGCCAAAUUGGACAUUUUGGAUACGGCUGGCCAGGAGGAGUUCAGUGCCAUGCGAGAGCAGUAUAUGCGCUCCGGUGAGGGCUUUCUGCUUGUAUUCUCGCUCAACGACCAUUCCAGCUUCGAUGAGAUACCAAAGUUUCAGCGCCAGAUAUUGAGGGUAAAAGAUCGCGACGAGUUCCCCAUGUUGAUGGUCGGCAACAAGUGCGAUCUGGAGCACCAGCGGCAGGUGGGCUUAGAGGAGGCCCAAAACACGAGCAGAAACCUGAUGAUACCCUACAUCGAGUGCAGUGCCAAGGUGCGCGUCAAUGUUGAUCAGGCCUUCCACGAGCUGGUGCGGAUUGUGCGCGGAUUCCAGAUUGCCGAGCGACCCUUCAUCGAGGAGGGAUACAAAAAGAAGGGCAAGAGGAAGUGCUGCAUGAUGUAAGGAUGCAGCAACAACACCAACAACAAUGUAACGAGUAUAACACCAAAUUUUAAACACGCGUCGACUGAGCUAUGAGAAGAUCCGUUGAGAAGACGAUAAACC